GGGCGCGCCCGGGCUCGGGGCGGCCGCCCCAAAGCUGCCCCUGCCCCGCGGGGCUGCGGGGGGACGCGGCUGCUCCCGGCGGCGGGGCUCGGAAGGAGGCGCUUGGGGGAGCGGCACGUGAGCCGUGCUGGCCCAGCAGCUCAGCAAAACCAGCCGCACGGAGAGCCCUCUGAGGAGCAUCCGUGCCGCCCUUGGAAAUCCAACAGGCUGUCCUGGACACGCGGGGUGUGGUUUAGGGGCUGGGGAGCACCCUCUCGGGUUUCCUCCUGGUGUUGGUGCGGAAGAUGAAUCCGUGGCGAGGGCACUGCGCGCUUGAGACCUGAAGAGGCUGAAGUGCAUCGCUGUGUGGGGCGUGUUGGGUGGCAAAUAGCGUUCUCCUUUGUAAGAUUCUGUGUGAUGUUCUUGUGGUGUGUUUGUGGAAGCUGGAGUACUCUGAAGUACUUGGGUGUGUUUUAAAAUCAAUUAAGAAGUACACACAUGGGUGCAUAUAGAAGAGAUCUUCUCUUUUCCGUCCAUCCUAAAAAUAACCAGCAGCUUCAUCCUCUGGGCCGCUGCCAGAGGGUGUGUGACUGAGCUUUUGGCCUUUGCUUUGUCACCUCCUGUCCCAGGUGAGCGUUCACUCACUCAGGAGCUGAUUUGUUUGGAGCGCGAAUCUGGGUUUUUUUUCCUUUGGAAGCUGAUGUACUUGAAGGCAUUACUCAGCAGAGCUAGAACCAGUGAGGUAAGAAGUCCGUAUCUGUAAUGCCAAGAGGAGGUGAAAUGCCCUGACUUUGCUCUGAUCUCUAGGAAGGACUGUCUGUGACUGCCAACUUAUGCCCAAAGUCCCUCUAUGUUAAAUUGUUGUUUGGAAUGACAGGCCCCUUUCAAAACCUUCAGUUUUACUUAUAAUUUUUCCCUAAUCAGGAGAUCUUUACCCAUAGUAAACCCUGUGAUGUGUAUACAAGGGCUUGAGCUACUUCUGAUAGAAGACUUAGAGAAAAAUAUGUAAUUGCAACUGUUCAAACUUUGUGAGGAGCUCUUAUCUGGAUGUGGGGAAACUGAAGCAUUGAGAUGAGCAGGUUUGUGCGCAGGGGCUUGGUGGAGAAGCUCAGUGGUUGAGCAGUGCUUUAUCCCGUGUCAGCCUUAUUCUGCACAGAUUGUCCAUGUAAGCUUGGAGAAAAAUCUUUACAAGAUGCAUAUAAAAGUUCCCUUGUUUUUGUGAGCCGUGGAGGAGGAGCUGCCUGUGCAGUAUCGAGUGUCACAGCUCGCUCAGGGGCUGACUGAUGCAGUGGUAGCAGUGUCUAGAGGGAGCAGGAAUCAGCAUCUAUUUGCAUGGUGUCUUGAACUCUGUCUUCUGGGGCAAACCCUGUCAGUAAAUCACUUUUCCCCACCAUUUCUUUUUUCUUGUUGUGUUUUUUUCCAGUUCUCACAUUUCUAAGAGCAUCUUUCAUUUGUUCCCAUAGAGCAGCCGGAGGAGUUCUGCUGCAAAGGCUUAGCUGUUACAGGGAGGCAGUGGCCACUACACCAAAAAGUAUUUCACAAUAUUUUGGAGGUUGAUUUCAAGUCUUUUUUCCCCUGCUAGAACUCAAUCCUUGAACUAUUUUGUUGUAUUCUCACUUGAUUCCAAACAUCAGGCAAAGGCCAGAGCUGCUUGGGAAAAGGAGGCUGCAAAAGCUCUUCAUGGCAGCAGCACCUGCUUACUUGUUACAGGUGGUUCCAGGCAGAAGGAACAAGAUGAUGUACUUCAACAUGCUGACCUGCAGCAAAACCUUAGAACAGAACACAAGCAACUUGAUUAGGCUGUCCUUAAAAAAACCCUAAACCAAACCCAGACCUUUCCUUGUUCUCUCUGAAACCCUACCCAAUACCACGAUACUUGAAGUAGACUUUUCCUCCCCGGAAAGUAGACUUUCCUUCAAUUAUCAGAGUUACUUCAAUCCUUAAAUGAUAUCUCUGUGUUUCACAGUAGGUGAAGAAAAAUUUGUUUGUUGCCUCUUAAUUAAGAAAUGGUUACUGGUUUUUGAGUUGGUAAACCUCCUUUUGCCCGUUCCUGUUUGAGCGUGUUAGGGUUGGGAGUAGCUGGUAUUUGAGGUUAUGUGCAUAUCUGUCCUGGCAGAGGAGUCAGAAGCAGACUUUGCCAUGUAGAUGCUGUGUUGCUAAUUUUAUCUUGGUAGAUUACAUUCCCUGUCAGAGAUGGCUUUGUCCUUUUUGCUUUGCAAUCUCUACACAGUGAGGGGGAAGACUUUCUCCUAAUGAUGGAAGCACGGGUUGCUCACAGGCUCUGAAAAUAAAAGUGCACCCAAAGAUGCUCCCUGGAGUCCUGAGGGUGGUUUGGCAAUUUGUUUGGGUUUCUUUGUGUGGAUUAUUCUAAUUCCUUCAGCUUUGAAGCUCCAAAUACUUGGCAGUACAGCUGACCUCCCAAAUACUGGUGGCUGAGGGAGUGCUUGGUCUUCAGGUGGUUGGUCUUAAAAUUCCAGUGCAGUCAGGGUGUGAUUGUUUAAUCUUAAAAAUGUUUUGGCAGACCCCUGCUGUGUUUUGCAAUCUAGCCAAAGCCUCUAAGGGCUUGUGCCAAAGUGUAGCUCACAGGAGGGUUUGUAGGACCAGUCAAGGCUGCCUGACUGGUUUGAGAUGGAGAAAGUGGCUCAUCCUGCACAACCUCCUCUGCAUUUGUCCGUGAUUGGGGUUUUCCUGUGUCCGUGCCCAUGCUGUGGAACCCUGAUGGAGCCUUAUCAGGUGCCCUUGAGUCGUCUGGUAGUUGUAUGAAAGAUUUUAUGAGAACAUCAUGUUUGAUACCUUUCUUUUGUUUCUUUAUGAGAUGCUUUGUUGCUUUUAAUCACUUUGGGGCACAGGAUGGGGAUAGGGGAAGAUUUGUCUUGUGGUUUUCAGUGGUGAUUAAAAGGUAACAAGUCAUAAGUUAAGCAGUUCCCGUUUGGGUUUUUUUUAGGGUUUUUUUUCAUUUUUGGACAUAAGUCAAACUUAAAGAACAUUUUCCUAGUACUUUAAAUAUCUCUGUGGAGUACUUGCAGCAGGAUCAUUGCAUAAAGGAGCCUGAAAAUAGAACUCAGCUGGAAGGGAAUUACUGGCUUAUGUUCCUUCUGCAUGUUAAAAGCAAACCAAUGGAAGUUGAACGGUUCCUGAUUUUUUAGCAGACCUUCCCUGUGAUCCUGAUGUGCUGGGCACUUGCCUGUGCUGAGUUCAGCUGAAGAGCCGUGCUGUGAAAUGGGAGCUGCAGGGUUACACCCAGUGCUGUUGAUAUUUCUAAUUGCUUUGAAAACAAAGAAAUUAAACUGUCUGUAGAGAGGUCUGUUGGAUAAUAGCUUGAGCAAUAGCUUAUGGUGUUUUGUUGAUUCUAAAGGCUUUGUUUUGAGCGUGUGCCGUUUGUUUAGACCCUGUCCAAGGGUUAGCCAGGGCCAGCAGCUGUUCUGUAGCACUUGGUACAUGGCCACCGUCGCUGUGUUUAGAAUUUGGGGUGGUGUGAUGUGGAUGCUGCAGCUAGAGGCUGUGACUGCUGAAAGGGUGUAUAAAUAUAUCAGUUAAGAUGCUGUCAGCACGCUUUAUGAGCUCUGUUCUCUUGGGGAGGAGAAACAAUAGUAAUUCUUGUUUUCUGUGAAAUAAUUGCCCUUUGCGCCGCUGUCAGAACAGGCUGCCUGAUGCUUGCUUGGGUUUGGCCUAAUGGGGAAAGAGUUGCUGAGUCAAAAUGUGCUGCACUAAGCAGGAAGUUUUCACCAAAAGUAACUGCUUCCUCUUGCCGGUCAGAAAUAGCAGCUCUUAAUCCUCUUGCCCAGCUUUAUGAGGCUCCUACAUGAUGGUGCCAUUUUUUUCUGAGAGCUGUCUGCAUUGGCAUACUGAAUUGUGUAUCCAGCAAUCUGUUUUGGCAUUUGACAUCCCCAAGAAACACGUACUUCCCUCCGAGUAUUUCUUAGGGGAACAAAAAGCAGGGAGAGUAAUCACGGUUCCAUACAUUGGGCACAUGUUGUUACCAAUAUAUUGUUCUGGUUCCAGCCUUCUCCAUCCAUUUCAGGUGGGUGUUGCACAUCUGCUCUCCUCAAAUAUAUUGGAGCCACACAGGAAUGAAGUUGGAUAAGCUCAUUUAUUGGUGCCUGAUAGCGUUAUUCAAGUGGGUGGUGACACUAGAGCGACCUUGGGAAUGAGAAGCCUGUCUGGUGGCUUGGGACCUCUUGUCCCCCAGCACCGGGACCCUGUGGGUUGGGACACAGGUGAGGUUCAGCCAGUCAGCAACGGACAGGGAAUGUGGUGGUGUUAUUAUAAAAUACUGUUAUUAUAUUAUUGUUGAGAGCCUGGAAGCCUGUUUCUCUUCCUGCUGAGUAACAAUAUUUCUUUGUCAGCCUCACCUGAGCAGCACAAUUUUCAGGGGAGAUUUUUAAAGCAUAAGAUUGGGUCACGGUGUUUGUGGUGUUCUCCUUUAUUGUCCUUCCACGUGCCCUGCUAAAAGAGCUUCAUCCUCAGUCACUGGAGUGCUUAGAGCCGGAUCCUUUUUUCCUUCCUGUUACCCUGAGACAAUAAAUCCAUCCUAACAUUUUUUGUACAUGGGAAAUUCUAGCUCCAAGGUGCCCCCGAGAAGACGGCACGGCGAGUAAACCCCAAACUGCACCUCGCGCACCUCCCGUGAAAACAAAGGUGCCGAUUGAAUUCCUGUAGCGGCACGCAGGGAUGUGAGCGGAAUACAAACGCGGCUUUGUAUCGCGGGCGCUGCUCCUUUGUAUUCCGGGGGCGCUGGGUGGCCGGGGGUGCGGCGCUGCUCCGCUCGCUCCCCAGCGGGCCGGCACAGCCCGGCCGGGAGCCGCCGUGCCCGGGAGCGCCUGACUGCCGGCCGCGCAUCAGCGGCGUCUCGGCAGCAUCCUGGGAGUCGCAGGCGAUCACAUGAGCCCGGCUUUCCAGCUCAGUUCAUUAGUCAGCCAUUUUGGUCGCCACCCUGCUCCCUGCGCACAGCCAAUCCCGGCGGCACUCGCUGCCCGGGCUGCGCCGGGAGACGGGAGCCGCGCUCGCAGCUCGGCACGCCGGGACGCUGCCUCUCCGCUCGUCCUUUGUUUUUUUCUGGGGUCAUCACCAGAGGAAGACGCUAUUUUUUUUUUGCUUUUGCUGCCUCUUCAUUUUUUUUUCUUUUUAUUUUUGGACUUGUUUUUCCCUGCUGCCUCUGGUGGAGAAGCCAGGGUUUUGUGGAUGCUGAGGAUCAAUAGCCUCUAGCAUAGCUGGAGACGACGGCAGUCGCUGGAAAGGAGGGAGGCAGAGCUAAGCGGGAAGGAGCAGCGUUUUUACCUUGCUCGAUCUAUGAAAAGGCCAGAGCAGCCUCUGUGAUCCCGAGCAAUCUGUCCUUUAAUCGCAAGGUAUUUCUGAUUUUCUUCUUCAGAAAGGUUUUGUUUUUAGUCCUUAUUUUGCCCCCGUUGUUGUUGUACCAGCUGAGUCAUCAUGUCUGCUCUGACGCCUCAAAGCGACAUGCCAACCCCCACCACAGACAAGAUCACUCAGGCUGCCAUGGAGACCAUCUAUCUUUGCAAAUUCCGCGUGUCGAUGGAUGGAGAGUGGCUGUGCUUGCGCGAGCUGGAUGACAUCUCGCUGACACCCGACCCCGAGCCUACCCACGAAGACUCUUGGGAGGAUUUGACAGAUGUGGUGGAGCAAUUGCGCGAUGAUUCCGAAGACCCGAAUUACCUGAUGGCUAACGAGCGCAUGAACCUGAUGAACAUGGCCAAGCUGAGCAUCAAGGGGCUGAUCGAGUCGGCGCUGAACCUGGGCCGCACGCUGGACUCGGACUACGCCCCCCUGCAGCAGUUCUUCGUGGUCAUGGAGCACUGCCUCAAGCACGGCCUCAAAGCCAAAAAGACUUUUCUUGGGCAAAACAAAUCAUUUUGGGGACCUCUAGAAUUAGUAGAAAAACUUGUUCCUGAGGCUGCGGAGAUUACAGCAAGUGUCAAGGAUCUCCCAGGGCUGAAGACACCUGUGGGCAGAGGAAGAGCUUGGCUUCGCCUGGCUCUGAUGCAGAAGAAACUUUCGGAGUACAUGAAAGCCUUGAUUAACAGAAAGGAUCUUCUCAGUGAAUUUUACGAGCCCAAUGCACUGAUGAUGGAGGAGGAAGGUGCCAUCAUUGCUGGCCUCCUCGUAGGUCUGAAUGUCAUCGAUGCCAACUUCUGCAUGAAGGGAGAGGACCUGGACUCGCAGGUUGGAGUUAUUGAUUUCUCCAUGUAUUUGAAAGAUGGGAACAGCACGAAAGGCACCGAAGGAGAUGGUCAGAUCACUGCUAUUUUGGACCAGAAGAACUAUGUGGAAGAGCUCAACAGACAUCUGAGUGCUACAGUAAACAACCUGCAGGCCAAGGUGGAUGCCUUGGAGAAAUCCAACACAAAGCUGACUGAGGAGCUUGCAGUUGCCAACAACAGGAUCAUUACGCUGCAGGAAGAGAUGGAGCGGGUUAAGGAGGAAAGCUCCUACAUCCUGGAGUCCAGCCGUAAGGCCACCAAGGACAGGAGUGCUGACGGACAGGCACUGACUGAGGCACGGAAGCAGCUGAAGGAGGAGACUCAGCUGCGCCUGGAUGUGGAGAAGGAGCUGGAGGCGCAGAUCGGGAUGCGGCAGGAGAUGGAGCUGGCCAUGAAGAUGCUGGAGAAGGAUGUCUGUGAAAAGCAGGACGCGCUGGUGGCGCUCAGGCAGCAGCUGGACGAUCUCAGGGCUCUAAAGCAUGAACUGUCUUUCAAGCUGCAGAGUUCAGACAUGGGAGUGAAACAGAAGAGUGAAUUAAACAGCCGCUUGGAAGAAAAAACAAAUCAGAUGGCUGCCACCAUCAAACAGCUGGAACAAAGAUUGCGACAGGCAGAGAAGGAGCGGCAGCUGGCCCUGCAGGACAACCGGCUCUUCAAGCAGGAGUUUGGGGACAAAAUCAACAGCCUCCAGCUGGAAGUGGAAGAGCUCUCCAGGCAGCGGAGCCACCUAGAGCUGGAGCUAAGGCGGGAAAGAGACAGAUGGUCUCACAGUCACCAGCGCAGCCAAGAAAGCAAAAAAGGCCCAAAGAAUUGGCUCAGACAGGAUGGGAAGCUCAAAGUCCAGGAAGAAAAUGCUAAACUGAAGCAGCCGCUGAGAGAGGACAGUGUCCUGCCACACAGGUCACCCAGCGGCACGCAGGAAGAGCAGGAGCAGCUGUCGGGGCCUGGACACGCCGAGAUCUGCCAGCUCUGCCAGGAAGAGGACAGCCGGAGCCAAAGAAAGAACAUCUGCAAGAACUGUGGGGGCACCUUCUGCGAAGCCUGCUCGGUGCACGAGCUGCCCCUCCCGUCCAGCAUCAACCCCGAGCGCGUCUGCAACCCCUGCCACCAGCGGCUCAUCCAGCAGUAUUCCAGCAGCCCCUUGUAGGGAACGGCUGGCACGGAGGUGACAAACAGCGGCUGCAGCUGACGGUGUUUCUGGAGUUGCUCAGCGGGAAUGUGCAGACACUUGCCCAUGUGCUUUGCAGGUCAGAUGGGAAGCAGCUUCUUGGUGUUUAGAAUCUCCUGUUACUAAAGCAGCAGUCUGAGCCCUUAAAUCAGCCUGUGCUGUGGAGAAUUCCAUUGGCAAUGUCACAUGGGGCAGCUCCAAGGUGCACCUGAGCAGUCUCAGGACGCUGGGAGCCCCUCCCUGCCCAAACCAGAGCUGUUGUCCGCACGUGGAAGUCAGGAGCGUUCUCACCCUCACGUGUGCGGCGUGGGUGUGUGCUGCUGCUGCUGAGCACAGGCUCCCCAAAACCCAGCAGGAGUGCGGAUAUUCCUCAUGUCUGGCUGCACUUGAAAUCCCAUUUCCCCUUUUUUGUUUGCCCUGGACAGGCUGGCUCAUGCUGGGAACCCCGGGCGGCGGUGUGAGCAGGGUAGGUGGGCCAGCAGUGAACACAACCUCCCUGCAUUUCCUUGGCUCAGGGCUCUGACCAGGGGCUGUCUGCACUAGGACACCCCAAACCAAGCUGUGAAUGUUCUGUUCCCCCUCUGUGCUUUAGGGGCUGGGCCCAAUCCCCAUGACACAGAGGUUUAGGGCCACCUGGAUGCACCUCUCCGCCUUGCACACAUGGAAACAUUGUUACAAUAAACCUGGCAUUUCACUUUUUGUUGGAUCAAAACUAAUUGGGAACACUGUUCACCUGUUAGAAAUUGUAACUGCACAUACAGUUCAGAGAGGUUUCGUGGUUUGUGCCACGUCGUUCUUUGUUGCUGUUCCCUCAGGGGAUUUUGCUAGUCCAAAAAGCGGUGGUGGCUUUCUCGUGUCACUGAGUGUUUACUCCUUUUCCUACUGGCACCUCCUGCAGUCUCUGAGACCACAGGAUGUCCUGUAGCUCAGAGAAGAGGGAUGCGCUGGUGUGACAAAUGCACUGGGGUUUAGAUGUUGUUGGGGGUAGUGGUUCAUUCCUUGGAGGGGAUUUUCUAGUCGUGACAUUGGGUGGAACCACACGAAAAAGCCUCUAGGAGCUGAGGUACGGACACAGUUGCUACUGCUGUGUACCAGGAAUCAUCUCUCCUCGAUCCUUUUAGCACUUGGCAUGUCAGCCACCCAACUUCUGCUCUUAUCUGCUCUUCUGCCCCCCAAGGCAGCUUCCUGACCCAUUUCCUUGCUCAUACUCCCUUAAGUACGGUAGGAGUUGUAAACAGUGUUGAAAUACCAAAAGCCUAGAGUUCAGGUGAAUUCCUGAGUUCUCUGAAGGGGUGAGACACAGGAGGUGGAUGGAGAAAACACUGAAUUGAGUGUCCAUAGUUUGGAGUACUUACUGUACACAUCCAGCAGUGUGAACUCCUGCACCCAGCCCCAGUGUGACUCAUCCCCAAGGAGAAAAUAAGACCCAGGCAAUGCAGAGGGACAUGAAACUGGAAAUGGAGCAUUAAACUCCGUGGAGCAGGGAGGUGGCUGAGCCCCUCCAGAGCACAGCACUGGUGGCUGCCAUGGGCCUGGCCUUUUAGAAGGUGGGAGCAGGCCUGUGCUGGCUGCCAGCUCCCUCUGUGCUCAGGUACUCUGUGUGAUGCCAGCGUGGGCUCACACCUGGACCUUGGGAAUGGGGGGACAGGUUUUGUGAUGUAAAUUUUGUUCCACGCAAUAAAAAAUCUUCAUCAUUGA